GAAGCUACGCACAGAUAGACGUUUGCGGCAUCGCUCCGCUCAACACUAAGAUCGUGGGAGGCGAGAACGCCCCCCCGGGGUCGUGGCCCUGGCAGGCCAGUCUGCACAUGUUCAACAGCCAUUUCUGUGGAGGCUCCCUGAUCAACAACCAGUGGGUCCUGACCGCUGCUCACUGCUUCGAAAGCACCAGCACAGUCGGUCUCGUCGUUUACCUCGGACGUGACACCCAACAGCUCCCAAACCCUAACGAGGUGUCCCGGUCCGUGUCCCAGGUCAUCAAACAUCCAAGAUAUUUUCCCGAAACAUUUGACAACGACAUGUGCUUGUUGCGUCUGUCCUCGCCCGUUAAGUUCACCGACUACAUCAGACCGGUGUGUCUGGCGGGGGACGGCAGCACCUUCGAUCCCGGGACCAGCUUCUGGAUCACCGGAUGGGGAACCAUCGCAACCAACGUUCCCCUUCCUUUCCCAGAGCGACUGCAGCAGGUGAGCGUUCCCACCGUGUCCAACAGUCAAUGUAGCGCCGUCUACAGCGGAGUCGUAGCAAUCACUAACAACAUGCUCUGUGCCGGUCUGGACAAGGGAGGGAAGGACUCCUGCCAGGGCGACUCCGGCGGCCCGUUUGUGAGAAAAAUAGACGGUAAGUGGCUUCAGGCUGGAGUGGUGAGUUUUGGAGCCGGCUGUGCUGAACCCAAAAUCCCCGGAGUCUACGCCCGAGUGUCCCAGUACCAGUCCUGGAUCAAGAGCCACAUCUCCAAGAACCAGCCGGGCUUCAUCUACUCUGGAACCACUCAGCUGGUUUCCCUUUGGGUUCCUCUGCUGAUGUCCAUCAUCGUCUCUUUGUCUGUCCUCUAAUAGGAAGCUCGUGGAUUGAAUUAUUUAAUCAAUUAAUUGAUCAAUUGUUGUCUUUAAAAUGUCCUAAAAUUUGUCGGGCCGACAGAGUAAAACCCAAAGAUCUUUGAGGACCUGCUGCUUUUUAAGAAGAGGACACAUUCAGAGUAUACUUAUUAAUGUACAAUUUAUAUUUAUUAAUGUACAAUUUAUACUUACUAAUGUAUAAAUUAUACUUAUUAAAGUACAAUGUGUUUACAGGAGUCAAAGAGACAAUAAAA